UUCAACCAGAAUGCUACCUCUGCCUCACAGCUUCUUCAUCUCCGGUUUCCCACCCUAAACACAAAAUCUUGAAACUGAAAACACAAAACCUUUCUUCUUCUUCUUCUUUUUUCCUUUUGUUAUCAUGGGGAGUACAUGGAGGAAAGCAAAGUUGGCUCUUGGCUUGAACAUGUGUUUGUAUGUACCACAUCAAAAGCUUGAAGAUUCAUCUCCAUCAUCAUCAACAUCAGCAUCAGCAUCCAUUAAGCAUCAUCGUGAUACUGCUAAUGUUCCUUCAAGGUUGUCUUCAGAUGCUGUCCCUCUCUCUCCUGUUUCUCCUUCAGGCGAAGACUGCCGCCGCCCCUCAACUCCCACACCUUCCUCUUCCGGUCUCCGGGUCUCAAAAUCCGCCCCUAAAUCUUCCAAGAGAACCUGUUCAAUAUGCCUGACAUCAAUGAAACUGGGUCAAGGCCAUGCCAUUUUCACAGCAGAAUGCUCCCAUUCUUUCCAUUUUCAGUGUAUAGCUUCUAACAUAAAACACGGAAAUCAAAUUUGUCCAGUUUGCAGAGCAAAAUGGAAGGAAAUCCCCUUCCAGAGCCCUGCUUCUGAACUUCCCAAUGAGAGAUCUAGAAUUAGUCCAUCAGAUUGGCCCCGGGAUGAUGCCUGGACCACUGCCGUACGACGCCUACCUUCCCCUCGGUUAGAUUCAACUAGGCGCAUUUCUUCACUGUUCCAUGCCUAUGAACCAGGAACCUUUGAUGAUGAUGAGGCCCUCGAUCAGCAGCAAGAGAAUCCUCAACAAAAUGUCAUUGACAAGGAUGCUUCCAAGAAUAAUUCUAUUGGAGCAAUAGAAGUUAAGACAUAUCCUGAAGUUUCAGCUGUUCCAAGAUCUAACAGUCGUUAUAAUUUUGCCAUAUUAAUCCAUCUCCGGGCUCCCAUUACAAGUGGAGGGCUAAACAGCAGAAACCAAAAUAUAUUUUCAACCACAGCCCAAAAUUCUCGUGCCCCGGUUGACCUUGUCACUGUUCUUGAUGUUAGUGGCAGCAUGGCCGGUACCAAGAUUGCAUUGCUAAAACGAGCUAUGGGGUUUGUAAUACAGCAUCUUGGGCCCUUUGAUCGGCUUUCCAUAAUUGUUUUCUCUUCUACCGCCCGUCGCCUCUUCCCUCUCCGCCGGAUGACGGAGGCUGGACGGCAGGAAGCGCUGCAGGCUGUUAACUCUCUUACUGCAAAUGGUGGGACAAAUGUUGCUGAAGGGCUUAGGAAAGGUGCAAAGUUGAUCGUAGACCGGAAGUGGAAGAACCCAGUUGGAAGCAUCAUAUUAUUAUCAGAUGGGCAGGAUACUUAUACUGUCCCAAGUCCUAGCGGAGCACAUUCCCGGACUGAUUAUAAAUCACUACUUCCGCUCUCAAUUCAGCGUAAUGGUGGGACAGGUCUGCGUAUCCCUGUGCACACCUUCGGGUUUGGUGCAGAUCAUGAUGCUGCCUCAAUGCAUUCAAUUUCCGAGAUGUCUGGGGGUACAUUUUCUUUCAUAGAAGCCGAGGGUGUGAUCCAAGAUGCUUUUGCUCAAUGCAUUGGAGGGCUUUUAAGUGUGGUAGUGCAGGAGACAUGUGUUAAACUUGAGUGUGCUCACCCAAAUGUGCUAAUUAAUUCGAUAAAGGCCGGGAAUUACCAAACCAGCGUGACGGCUGAUGCAAAAGAAGGUUCUAUUGAUGUAGGAGACUUGUAUGCUGAUGAAGAAAGAGAUUUUUUGGUGACAGUCAAUGUUCCAGUUGAUGAAUCCUGUGAUGAGACGUCAUUGCUCAAGAUUAAAUGUAGUUACAGAGACCCCAUAUCAAAAGAACUGGUGUCAUUGGAAGAAAACAAUGAAGUAAAAAUCCAGCGGGCAACAGUAGUAGAACAAACGGUAGUGUCAAGGGAGGUUGACAGGCAGCGAAAUCGGCUCCGUGCUGCAGAGGCUAUGGCUGAGGCGAGAGCCGCUGCCGAACGUGGUGAUCUAACUGGUGCAGUCUAUUUGCUUGAGAGUUGUUGCAGGGCUUUAUCAGAAACAAUUUCUGCACGGGCUGGUGACCGGUUAUGUGUUGCACUAUGUGCCGAGCUUAAGGAGAUGCAAGAAAGAAUGGCAAACCGUCACGUGUAUGAGUCAUCCGGAAGGGCUUACGUUUUGUCAGGUCUGAGCUCACAUUCCUGGCAGAGAGCAACUGCGCGAGGCGAUUCCACUGAUAGUACAAGCCUUGUCCAAGCUUACCAGACCCCUACCAUGACAGACAUGGUGACUCGUUCUCAAACCAUGUUCUUUGGGAACCCUCCACAACGAAAGCUUCGACAAGCUCAGUCAUUCCCAGCACGCCCACGGCCAAGGUAAUCAUUUGUAAAACGUUAAAAAAUUCUCCCAAACCUGCAUUCAUUUCCUGUAUCAGAAACCUUUUUGUGUUGUGAAAAUUUUGUGGCUUGGGGCAAGCACGGGGUAUAAACUGGAGUAAUAGAAACGAGACUGUCUUUUUGAAUGGUGGGUAUAUUUUCUUGUUCUGACGUGAAGUAAUAAAGAGAUGGGAUGAUUCAUGAAGGCGAGAAAAAGGGAGAAUCUGGGAGUUGAAUUGUCUACAUAUUUUGAUAAUGGAACAUUGUACAUAAGGAGCAAUGGUUUCCAUUCCCCCCUCCCCCCUUCAAAACAAGGUAUAGCCAUGUAAUUGUGAGAUACUUGGGGUGAAUUCUUCACUUAAAUAUAUGGUAUGGUAUAUCUGUUUUU